AUGUCCAAGUGGUUCCUCAAUAGCAAGUCGCCCAAAUCGCAUGCACUAAGUCUUUUCAUCGUCGUCCAGAUGCACAGAAGUGAACCCCUGCGGGAGUCGAGACUGCCGCUAAACGCGUCGGUUGGCAAGAAAAACGCCUUGCCUCCCAGCGACAGUUUCUUAUCUCAGGUACCAAAAGGCUUCCGAAUCAUGCGUAACCUCAAACCACGACUGCCGAAGGUUGUGCCGUGCAUCGUGCUUGAAGGUGGUCCUGAAAUGGCAUCAGCCGGCAUAUCCGGGAAGAAUCUCUCUUCGCGUUUGCGUCCACAAGAAGACCUUCUCGUUGGCAGUAGUCUCACAGAGUGUACUCUCAUCAGCAAGAUCUCACUGAAGGGUCUCAAUGCUUUUAUUGGCGCAAGUCGAACGGAAAGAAGCACAAGUCACCCUUAG